CACAAAAAAAAAACAAAGGAGUUUUUAAACAUGUUUAUUUUCUAUGCACUUUUUUUUAUUUAAGUGAUAGUUUAAUUAAUAAACAUGUCAAGUUUAUUGCUGCAGAGGGCUGCUCUCGAUUUCUUCUUGAGGUAGAGGAGCCGCUUGCCCCGUGGCGCCGUGGGACGCGGCGGCUCAGCCGGCGGGGCCGGUGCCCCCGGGAAGCGGCGGGGCCGGUGCCCCGCCCGGGAUAGGACGGGACGGGGCCGGGGGGGGGGGGGACACGCGGUGCCCGCGGGGUGAACAUUAACCUGCCCGCGGGGCCCCGGGGGCACCAUGGCCACGGCGAACGACAGGGCCGUCCUGCAGACCAUCUUUAACCCCAGCACCCCCUUUGGGGAUAUCCCUGGGCUGGACGAGGAGGAGGAGGAGGAGGAGGACGCGCAGGAGGAAGGUGAGGCGAGGCUGCGGUGGGGGCGGCAGCCGGUUCCCUGCGCUGCCGGCGGGCGGGCGGGGGCAGGGGGGGCGCGGGCCGGGAGCAGAGCCCAGACCCCGGGGCGGUGCCCACCCGGGGCAGCGGGGUGCGGGGUGGGCACGGGGGCGGCCCCCCCCCCCCCCGACCCCCGGGGCUCCCGUCGCGCCGCCGCAGGAGGAGCCUUCGCGCCCGAGGUGCUGGAGCAGGUGCGGGACCUGGAGCUGCAGGGCGUGUCCGCCGCCGAGUCGGGAGACGUGAGCGCGGCCCUGGAGAGGUUCGGCGAGGCCAUCCGCCUGCUGCCCGAGCGCGCCUCUGCCUACAACAACCGGGCCCAGGCCCUGCGGCUGCGGGGGGACGUGGCAGGCGCCCUGCGGGACCUGGAGGCCGCGAUCCGCCUGAGCCGGGGCCGCGGCCGUGCCGCCUGCCAGAGCUUCGUGCAGCGCGGCCUGAUCCACCGGCUGCAAGCUCGGGACGAGGAUGCCCGGCGGGACUUGGAGCGGGCGGCGCGGCUGGGCAGCGCCUUCGCCCGGCGGCAGCUGGCGCUGCUGAACCCCUACUCGGCGCUCUGCAACCAGAUGCUCAGCGAGAUGCUGGGGCGGCUGCGCAACCCCGGCGGCCCCGGGAGCGAGUGAGCCGGGCAGGAGAAAGGGCGAGGUAGCGCGUGGGGCGGGCACGUCCUGGCCCCUGCAGAAAGUCCACCGCCAGCGCUGGAGCUCCUGGAUCUCCUCCUCUUGGCUGACAGCCGGGGACGGAAAGUGCUCUGGCUCUGCUCCGCCCCCAAUAAACCGCCCCGUGUCCCUGGC